AAGGUUUAUUGUUGCCAGCUCAGCCAAUCGUUGAAUCCGACGACACAAUAGAGUGGCCAAAGUUGCGGUAUAAAAGGCCUAGCCGAAUUUAAGCAUGACAUCUACUUGUCUAGUGCGUGGUGAGGCACAUUUCCACAGCAAAUCAAACAUCGCAAACAUCCUUUACCACGCCUUGGAACAUGCAUUUUACGCAGGUUUUAAUUUCUCUAAGCGUAUUAAUUGCAUGCGGUCCAGUAGGUCAGGGAGACAUAACGGCGCACCAGCAGCCCUCCACCGCCACGGAGGAAAGCGAGCAAUGUUCCACAUGUGAGUUCAGGCAACACAGCAAGCUGAUGAGACUGCAUGCCAUCAAGUCACAAAUCCUGAGUAAACUUCGACUCAAGCAGGCUCCAAACAUCAGCCGGGAUGUGGUCAAACAGCUGUUACCCAAAGCGCCGCCUUUGCAACAACUUCUGGAUCAGUACGGUGUGCUGGGGGAUGACAGUAAGGAUGGAGCUAUGGAAGAGGAUGACGAACAAGCCACUACAGAGACCGUCAUGACCAUGGCUGCAGAGCCUGACCCCAUCGUUCAAGUAGAUCACAAGCCGAAGUGUUGUUUCUUCUCCUUUAACCCGAAGAUCCAGGCGAGCCGGAUCGUGCGGGCGCAGCUCUGGGUUCAUUUGAGACCGGCGGAGGAGGCGACCACCGUUUUCUUACAGAUAUCACGGCUGAUGCCCGUGACGGACGGAGGCAGACACAUACGAAUACGAUCUCUGAAGAUCGACGUGAACGCGGGGAUCACGUCUUGGCAGAGUAUAGACGUGAAGCAGGUGCUCACGGUGUGGUUAAGACAACCGGAGACCAACUGGGGAAUAGAGAUAAACGCGUACGACGCGAAAGGAAACGACUUGGCCGUCACCUCCGCGGAGGCUGGAGAAGAUGGACUGCUCCCCUUUAUGGAGGUCAAAAUAUCAGAGGGCCCCAAGCGAAUCCGCCGGGACUCCGGACUGGACUGCGACGAGAAUUCGUCCGAGUCUCGAUGCUGCAGGUACCCCCUCACGGUGGACUUUGAGGACUUUGGCUGGGACUGGAUUAUUGCUCCGAAACGUUACAAGGCGAAUUACUGUUCGGGAGAAUGCGACUACAUGCACCUGCAGAAGUAUCCCCACACCCACCUGGUGAACAAGGCCAACCCGCGAGGCACCGCCGGACCCUGCUGUACCCCCACCAAGAUGUCUCCCAUCAACAUGCUUUACUUCAACGGCAAGGAGCAGAUUAUCUACGGCAAGAUCCCCUCCAUGGUAGUAGACCGCUGCGGCUGCUCGUGAACCAAUGUCCGGACGGGACUCGAUCCGCCUCAAAGACCCGGACAUCCAACAACACCACCCGCCAUCCAAUAUCAGUGCUUUCCGCAAGACACUGUGCAAUAGAAGGACGCUCCCUCACUCUCUGGGCACUGCUUCAUUUUCAUCAUUUUCGUCUAAAUCAGUAUCUCUGCCACAGGAGUCAAACGGAUGUUUUAAAGGAAAGCCGUACAGGCUAGACUUGGGAAUGGACACUAUUGCAAUCCGAACCACCUCUGCUCUAUUUCAUGUUACUGUUUUCUCCUUUUAAAAUCCUCUCUUUAGUGCAUAAAGGAUACACGAAACGCGUUCAUUUUAGAUCUUUGCUGUUACAGCUGUGUUACACAACCGGUGAGCUUGUUUAAGAGACGAGUAUCCAAGUGAAACAGAAGGGGAACUCAAGGACACUGAACAGAGUUUGAAAAAAAUGCCUGGUAAUGCGAAGCAAACUUCCA